AUGAACGUUUGUGUGGACACAAGUAGUGAUGUCUUCGUGAGUGUUGUCUUCACAUUCUUCUGGAUGUCAUCGAGUGAUAGUCUUUCGCUGACCUAUGAGUCAAUCGUCGAGUCCCGAUUGAAUGCACACAAACGCCGCAGAUAUGCCGUACAAGACAUCACUCCUCGGGAACCGAUUGUUAGCUCAACCGAUGCCAGAGACCAGUCGACGACAGCCGCAGAUGACGGCCAACGACAGCUAAAUGUCAUAUCAGUGGUCAACCAUUCAGUGCCGACAAUCUUUUUGCACAGAAUCUAA